GCUAGUUGCAAAAACAUAUUUGGAGAAAGCAUUUUGUCAACAAGUUUGUCUUAAUUUCCUCAAUUGGUCAAGUAAUACCUUUAUCUUAUCCCAAAGAGCUUUAGUACGCGAACAACAUUUUUUUGUAUUCGGUAAAUUCAUGACCCGGAACAACCACACACUAUUUGCUAGGUUAGCCGGUUGUUGUUAAGUUAGCAUGUGAGCUAGCUGGGAGCGUUAGCCCAGUUUGAGACAUGAUAUGGAUCCGCUGAGUAUAGUCGCGGAUGAAGUGGCUUUGGAGGGACUGGACGGAAUAACUAUUCCCUCUCUGUGGAUACGACUAGAAAGUAGAAAGCCCAAGUUUCCCCUCAAGCUCGACGACUGCACCAAGGAGCUCAUCUGGAGGUCAAUUAUCAACAACACAGAGCUGAGAGUCUAUGAACUCCCGAAGGAGAGAGAAGAUGUUGUGCUGUUUGACAGAUUUAAAGAUAUCGACCCAGACACGGGCAUUGAAAAAACACAGAAGUUUACUGACACACGGAAAGACAUCUAUCCGGUCCAUAUUAUUCUAGAAAACAAGAAUGGUAUACAAGGCUCAUGUGUGUUCUUCAAAGAGAGGAAAGACAUCACUGAACAUGUCCGCUCCAAGACCCUCACUCCAUUACUCAACCUGCAGGAGGCUCUUGAAAGGUAUGGCCGAAAGCUUGUUGUCGUGGCAUCUCAGGUGCUGCGAUUCAGAACCCUGAUUGGUAUUGAGAGUGACCCUGAUUUGAAACUGAAUGACGACUCUUACUGUGUGUUGGAACGAGUGGGCCGAGCACGAUGGCAAGGAGAGCUACAAAGAGAUCUGCAUGGCAGCUCUUUCAAGACCGAUGCCCGAAAGUUGCACUACAUGAGGAAGGCUCUUGUCAGACAUGGACUCGUCAGCAUGCAGUCCCAUUGCAUGCGAAUGAAGUCAGGACAACAGCAACACUCCAUUCUCCUGAUGCUCAAUCGCUUCCAUGUAAACAGGAGGACUAAGUAUGACAUAUUGAUGGAGUACGUGUCCAACCUCCUCCAGCAGUCACCUGGUCAGUUUGCCACUUUGGCCACAAUCAGAGACCACCUUAAUGUGGAUGACGGUACUGGAAAACGGGUUUUUCAAUACAUGAGAUCUGCCAAGCUGGUUGAGUUUUGCCAGUUUCCUCUGGAGGACUUGGAUCCUGACGCUGGUCCCUGCAUCAACAAAAAAGGAAAGAAAGUGAUGGUGCGCUGUCUGAAACUAUUAAAGCCGUACACAAAGAAAGGUGUCACUGAGGAUGAUGACGAUGACGAUGAUGACGAUGAAGAUGACACUGGAGCGAGAGGAAGAGCUCUCCCUCCGGAGGGGCGAAUCAUGGAGACCGAUGUCCUUACACAAGCCUAUCACCUUGUGUUAUCUGCUGGCACAAAGGGAAUCCCUCAGCGUGGUAUCGCAUCCAGGAUGAACGUCGGUAAGCUGGAGGCACGUAUGCUUUGCCGAAGGCUUGAGAGGGAUGGCGCAAUAAAGGGAUUUAUGGAGGACGAGGGGCGACAGAGGACUACAAAAUAUAUAAGCCAUAAGUGUGUUGGUGUGAGUGAUCAGCUCCAGCUGUUUGCUAAGGAGCAGGAACGGCAGAAGAUUCUUUUCUCCUCUGCACCUCAGACAUCAGAUGCAGACAUCACAACACCAUCAACCUCAACACAGACAGCCAAAGAAAACACCACAACUCCUGCAGCAACAAAGGUUCGGAAAGCAGGUGGAGGAGGAAACAAAGAUGCAGAGAAGGCUGGGCAGACGUGUGGUGAUGGAAAAGUAGAUGCAGAAGAUGGAGUAAAAAGAAUAACAGCAAGGAAGAAAAGCUGUGUGGAAACUAAUCAGAUACAGCCUGAUGUCCCCGUCGUACAACCCACACCAGCAAAAAGUGAAACCCCAACCUGCAGUAAAUCCAUGACCAGUGUGUCCACUGCCAGAGCAGAACAAGCUCGAGUUCAGGAGGGGGACUCAAACUCAAAUCCUGCGAGCACUCUGCCUCAGAGUGAGUCAUUCAAUGCAGCCAGUAAGCCAGUGGACAACAACAUUGUGGUUGUUGAAGAGGUUUGCAAACUGCAGGGCCCACCUCGUAAAAAAUCGCAAAGGGCUUCGGAGAGGUCUCAUGAGACAUACCGCCUGCUGAGGAGGAAGAACCUGAUCGUAGAGGCGGUCCAAAGCUUAAAAAUCAUUGAGGGUCUUUUCCCGCUACAAAAGAUCAUCAAUGAUGAGGAGAAGCAGGACGGAAGCAGCUCAAAGUGUUGCAGGAAGACUAUUUUACGUCUCGUCGACAGUCUGUCCAGAGAAGGCUUACUGAAGCUUUACAGGACCACCGUCGUACAGGAUGGGAUCACCAAGAAUGUUGAGAUGGUCGUUCAUCCGUCCGUUCAGCCCAACGAUGACAUAGUGAGCCGAGUCAUUGAACAGGUCCGCUUCAGAAUCUCCAGCUCUUACACGGCUGUACGUUUGCAGCUUGCUGAAGAGAAAGCCAGAGAACAAGGAACAGAGUGGGAGGAGAUGACCGGCAUAUUUCCAAGGAAGGACAAGAGGAGAAUGGGCAGUGACGCCACCGAGUUUAAGCCCACACCAGUUCGAGGAUUGGGGAAGACUUUUGGCUUCCAGCCCAAGAUGCAUCGUCUCCGUCUUGUUCAUAACUUCCUCUGGUACCUGAUGUACGGGCAUCCGCUCCGAAACAACUGCCCCGACUCUCACCUGGCCAGUCAAACACCAGCAGACCUGAACAGUGCUAAUACUAAUCCUAAAGACUCUGCGGAUCCUCAAACUGCAGAUUCUGCUUUGACUAACUUGGAUGCGACAUCGUCGUCAGGUGAUGAAGAGGAGGAGGGGCUGAAGGAUAAAUCAACGCCUGGCCACUCUCAGUCUGACUUUAAAGUGUAUGCUGACGAGGAGUCGUGGAGGAGGUUUAUGCCUCCUGUCCGUGUGCGCAAGGAGUUCGGCAGUGGCUGGGCGAUGGUCGGCGACCUGCUCCUCUGCCUGCCCCUCUCUAUCUUCAUUCAGGUCAUACAGAUCAAUUAUAAGGUGGACGGACUGGAGGAAUAUCUAAACGACCCUGUGAAACAGCAUCACCUCAUCAGAGCGCUGCCUGCCAAAAUGAGACGACAGCUGCUUUUUAAACGGAGAUAUAUCUUCUCGUUUCAUGAGAACCUGCAGAGGUUGGUCUAUAUGGGUGUGCUGCAGUUUGGUCCUGUGGAGAAAUUCAAGGAGAAAGACCAGGUGUUUGUGUUCCUGAGGCACAAUGCCACAAUUGUUGACACCACCAGCGCUGAGCCUCACUACUGGCUGGUCUCAGAGUCACCCGACAAACCAUUUGAUCGACGCCAGUACACAUUUAACACUGCUGAAGACGUAGAAAACUACUGGUUUGACCUUAUGUGUGUCUGCCUCAAUACACCGCUGGGUGUAAUCCGCAAUAAGAGAAAUGUCUCAGACGAGGAAAAUGCUCCUCCCUUUGUGCAAGAACGCUACGUGUUUGCAGGACUGUCAUACCUGCUAAAGGGCAGUCGAGAAGUGUGUGAUGAUGGGAAGAUACCAGGAGACGGUAAAGGAGCAGGAGGGCUGGACUCUGAGUUCUUUGCUCAUCUUAAACGCAACUGGUUGUGGACCAGUCACCUUCUUUCUGUCAAAACGGUCCCAAGUGGUUUAGAAGCAAAGGAGAACAAAAUCAGGCUGAAUAGCCUGCUGAGUAAAAAUGCUCUUAGGAUUGCAUUUAAAGCUGGUGCAACUACUAAACCUCAUUACCUGACGUCAAAGCGACCACUGACAGUAGAAACUGUUGAGGUGGGUGUUGAGUCUGCUUCCAGAAACAUGCAGGUGGUUGGCGGAAAGAGACAGAAGAGGAAGAGAGGCAAAAAGGAGGUUGUCAAGGCCCCACGCAAGAAAAAGAAAGAGCCAAAAAAACGCACCCCUGCCCACGACGAGGCAGACCACCGAGCUCUGAAGAGAAUGACCCGACAGAGAGUCUACUGGUCUAUACAGGAAGAUUCGCUGAUGAUGCUCUGCAGUGUAGCCGCACACCUGCUCAACAGCAAGUUAAAAAGACCGUUCGUACCUUACUGUGUGGUAAGAGACCUGCUCCAGGCAGAGUUUGAGAUCUCGAUGGAUAAAACAUCUGUCGCCGUCGGGCGUCGUACACGAUACAUCCUCAAAAAUCCUCAGACACUUCUGAACUACAGGAUCUGUCUGGCCGAGGUGUACCAGGACAAACCUCUGAUGAAGCUGCUGGAGGAGAAGAAACCUGCUGAUCCAGACAAUGCAGAGGAUUGUGGUAAAUCAUUCUCGGAGUACGCCAGGCUGCUCAGACAGAAGUUCAGCACUGUUCUCCUGAGCACUCAUGAAGCGAUCAUUCCUGACACAAAACAGCAGCUGUUCUCACGGUUUAAGGUCUCGGCAAUAGAGAAUGCCAGGCAGCUGUCACUGAGAGACGCUCUCAGCUGCACUGAUGAUAUUCAUGCCAUAGUGUUACAUAACUUGAUCCAAAGCACUCUGGCCAUGACCAACAAUCAGAUGAAGUCAUCCAGAUCCUUUCAGACCUUCCACAUGUACAGUAAGUAUAACCAGGAGCUGCUGUGCCAAGUGUUCAUACAGUGCAGGAAGAGGGGUCUGGUCAACCGCCGUCGUAUCAAUCAGCCAUUUGGGCCGAAGAAGAACCGAGCGCUGCCCAUCCUGCCCAUGUCCUACCAGCUGUCCCAGUCCUACUACAGGUGUUUUUCAUGGCGUUUUCCUCACUCGCUGUGCACCGAUUCCUUCCGCUUCUUGAGGGGUCUAAUCAAUAACGGGACGAGUGACGACAGACCCAUGACUGCAUUCCACCAUGAAACCGAGAACAGGUCAGAGAACGGGGAGGAAAUGACAGUAAAAAGAACGGGAUCAGAGAGGAAAAAGAGGCAAGGCGAAAGUAAGGAAGAUGGAGGAAGAGCAGUGAGUGAACCAGAGAAAGCACACUGUGCCUCUGCAAAGGAAGGAGAGAUCGAACAAAGUCAAAAGGAAGGAGAAGAGUUGUCGAUGGAGGUGAGCAACGACAAAACUGAGGCGACAAACAAAGCAAAUGAACAGAAAAACCCAGAAGACUGUCUCACAGCUGGUUCCAGUGAAGAUCUGUCCAGCAGAGCGCAGACAGACAAUCAUCUGCUCAAAGAAGAGACAUCAGGUGUGGCCGCGAACUCAAACGCAACACCUCAAGCUUCAGAGGAGCCUCCAGAUGCGUCGGACAUGAUGCGGUUCACUAUGAACUCUCCUGGUGGAGCCUGUGUCGUCUCUCUCAGCCUGAUGUCUCUGGGACUGCUGAGUGUUUACAUCUCCAUACCUAAACAGAUGGUGGUGGUGGACAGCACCCUGGUGGACAACGAUGUUGUCAAGAGUAUGGCAGCUUUGGAAGAAGAGGACGACGACGAUGAUGACGGUGAGGAGUGUGAGGGGAGAAAAAGACUGGAGGUGAAGGCAAGUCAAGCGUCUCACACCAACUACCUGAUGAUGCGAGGAUACUGCUCUCCUGGCAUAGUAAAAGUACGUAACCUGAACACCAAUGAUAACAUCGUGGUGGAGUCGUGUAUAAUGAGUUUGCAGCUGCGCAACACACCUGCUCACCACGUGUUCAGCAUUGAGAACACUCCACCACUGGACUUGACUAAAUGUGGUCCGUCCCUGCUGCCCUCCAUCCUCACCUACUCCAUCAGCUCCUCUCCAAACAGUGUGAAUGAGUGUGACAGCCGUUUGAUUGAGCAGAGAGGUUACACUCCUCAGGACAUCGAAGCUUGUGCUCAGCUCAGGCGGAGCUUAGAUGCAGCUGGUGAGAGCGGCUUGGAUGUACAUGAUCUCCGUCAGACUCACACACAGCUGGAGGAGCCACAGUCCGGACGCACCAGGAGCCUAAUGCAGUACAUAAAGGAGUUACAAGAAGAAGGCCAGGUGUUACGAGUUGGGAGUAUGGGCGCCCGUUUGGUGCUCAUGCAGCACGCUGAUCCGUGGCUGCUGACUGUGAACUCCAAGCAGUGGUCCCAGUCAAGGCUCACAUCUAACAAACUCCCCUUUUUGGAGAAACAGCACAAAAUCCCCUUCAUGCGCAUAAGAACCAGACGAGAGCACAGACGGGACCCGGAGGAACCGGCAGCAAAAAAACAGGCUCUGGACAGACAAGAGAGUGUGGACGGACAGGACAUGGAGGAGUCAUCGAGUGAUGUAAUGAGAGAGAAACAGCAUGGGAAGGAACAGAUGGAAAGGCAGAGAGAGAGCGCAGAUGAGGGAAGUGGAGACAAAUUCUUGAACAUGGAAGAGGAGGGAGGAAAGCAGAAACACCCUGAAGAGGGAAGAGAGGAAGAGGCAGGACAGGAGAAGUUGGAAAGUGGUAAAAGACAGGAAGAAAAGAAAGAUAAUGAAGCUAGAGCAGACAUUAGAGACAAUGAAAGAGAUAAAGAAGCACACUCUCCAACACCAGUUGCAUUUGAUAAUGAUGAAAAUGUGAGUUUCAUCAGCCGGCCGUGGCGCAUGGUUGAUGGCAAUCUGAACCGGCAAGUGUGUAAAGGCAUGUUGGAAGCCAUUCUGUACCACAUCAUGUUCAGACCCGGACUCACUCAGCAGUCGCUGGUGGAGCAUUACAAAGAUGUGCUGCAGCCAAUGGCCGUGCUGGACCUGGUGCAGGCACUCAUUGACAUUGGCUGUGUCACAAAGAAGACUUUGGUUAAAACUCCUAAACCCUCACUUUUUGGCCGCUCUGUGCAUCAGACAAGCAGUGAGACAAAAGUGAAGACUGAGGAACCGGAUGCGGUGUAUUAUGAGCCCACCAUCAGCUGCUGCCUUCGGCUCUGUCAGAUGUUACCCAACGAACGUCACUGGAACUGUUGCCUACCUUGAAAAAUGAUCGCAGAGCUUACCUGGCCUGACCUGACCUGGUAUCACAUCAGGUACAUAAUAAGGCUAUUUAAGUUUUAGCCUAAAAAGUUGUUGCAAUGAUAUUCUUUGACAGAUUUCCCUUUUGAUUUUUUUUAUAGUACAGGGAUUUCUCUGUACGUGUUUUCCUCAUGUUUUUUUUUUUUUGUCUUUGCACGAAAUGUAGUUUUGUUGUACCUUUCUCUAUGCUAAAAUUAAUAAAAUAUGUUUUAAAUUACUGGCUUAUAUUUGUCUUGCAGAUCAGUGGGCAUGUUUGGUAAAAAAAUUAACUACAGUGAGAAGAACGGCAUUAAGGUAUU